AGUGUCAACAACUCCGCUGAAAAAAAUUUGGGACUCUCAAACCAACGUGUGCUUCUAUGACACAUGUUUAAGUUAUCAUCCGGAAGAUAAUGGAGCGAUGGAAAGAUCGGGUGGCAGUUGUAACCGGUUCAAAUUCAGGAAUUGGCACAGGAAUAGCAAGAGCAUUAGUCCAGAAUGGAUUGAGAGUCGUUGGUAUGGACAGGACUGAAAUUUCAAAUGAAUUGAAAUCAUUCAUUAGCGGGGACCAUGGGAAAUUUUAUUUCUAUCAAACAAACCUGAGGAAGGAAAAAGAGAUAAUUGAAGCUUUUGGGUGGAUUGCUAACAAUCUUGGAGCAAUUAGUGUGUUUGUGAACAAUGCUGGUCUCACUUCAAGUGUCAAGAAAAUUGAAGAUGGGAUCACUGAUGAAUGGCGGAAUGUAUUGGAUGUGAACAUCCUAGCAGUAACAAUAUGCACGAGGGAAGCACUCAAGUCGAUGAAAAGGCAUGUAGUAGAAGAUGGCCAUAUAAUCAAUAUUUGCAGUAUUCUGUCCCACGUGAGUAGACCUAUAGCAACACAAGUGAUGUACUGCGCUUCAAAAAAAGCAGUAAUGGCUGUAUCUGAAGGAGUCCGACGUGAAUUGAUACUAGAAGGCUCAAAAAUCAGAGUUUCGACAAUCUGUCCUGGAAUGGUGGAUACGAAUAUAAUGAGAGCAGUGAACCACUCAUUUGCUCCUGAAAAACCAAAACUGCUUCCAGAAGAUGUUGCUCAAACUGUACUGUUUUGCCUACAAGUGCCUCCCCAUGUUCAGAUUUCAGAUAUAGUUGUCCAUCCUGUGGGAGAGAAUUUACAGCUCCCUUGAAAUGAAUUGGCAUCAACACAAUGAUAAUGUGAUACUAUCAAUAGCUGACGAUUAUCUUAAAAUGACUUCUUGAUUAUCUUAAACUUUCUGUCCACUUCUGCUAUUUUUGAAUAGUUUAAGGAUAUUAUUUUUUGAAUAAAUAUUCAUAUUCGAUCUAUCUAACCUACUACUCAAAAUUCUUCAAAAAAUAAUGAUAAAAUGUGAAAAUAAAACUUUUUUCAGA